ACAGAACACAAAACCUGACACUACUGCUUACCGGCGUUUGACCUGAGACUGGUGUUAAUUUUCCUUUCUAGUAGAGAAUUUUUUCUUGUAGAGUCGUUGUUCAACUUGUGUUCUGGAGAGGGGGAUGUUUUGGAUUCUUAGGUCCUGCAUGAUAGACCACUGGCAAUUUGACCUAAGGAGGAGGGAAGCAGUGGGAGGUGGCCACAGGGCCUGAGCCCUGCUCAUUGAAUUUCCGAUCAGCUCAAUCCCGGAUUAGUUUACUGACGGAGAUGCUGUUGAGUCUUUGCCAAAUCAGACCUUGCAGCUACACCCAUGUAACUGUGCAGCAUGCAGUGAACUGGACCAACAGCUGAAAGAUGGAGGUGUUCAUUGAAGAUUUUUCCUGGCAAGAUGGCAAAUAGAACGGGAACCUGGCUGAGAAUCGACACUGCUUCAAAAACAGAGUGGAAAGGCUUUACUUCACACCCCUCUUUUCACCUCUGCAGAACCCAUUGUGCUAGCUCACUGGGGUGUUGUGGUGUUUACUGUGUAGUAUUUAUAACGGCAGAUCAAGGGACUCCUGAGGCGAGCUCCUCCCAGGGAAUGUUUCCAUUGCUCCCAGGGGGACAAGCCAAGCGGUUGCACACUCCGCCUGAGCCAAGGAGGGAGCACUAUGUUAACCACAAGGCACAGAUCAAGCUAAAAAAACCCAGCGCUGCUGCUUUCAGGGGAAGUAAACGGCUACGAGCCAGAGAAAUAAACUGGUCUCCUAUUAGCAGGUCCCUGGAUGCACCACGGCGCACUGUCCUUGGACGUCCAGUGCUUCCCAAUGGCCGGGAGUUGACCACGCCCACCAAGAUGACGCUGCGCGAGCAGCUCAGAGAGAAGAUCUCGGCGGCCUUUUACCGCCAUGGGCUGCUGUGUGCCUCCUACCCAGUUCCCAUCAUCCUCUUCACCUCCGCUAGCAUCCUCACCUGCUGUUAUCCAUUAUUGAGGCUUCCUCUGCCUGGUACAGGUCCUGUGGAGUUCACCACAGGGGUGCGAGACUACAGCGUCCCUUCUCACGAGCCUCAGGGAGACCUCGGAGAACGGCCUGACUGGUACCGGGGUCCUCCAGUUGCCUACAUCCAGCAGGUGUUGGUGAAGGCAGCGGUGUCUCCAUGGGACAGCAGCCUGGUGCCGGUGGAUGUGUUCCGGUCACCGCUGGGUCGAGUCUUUAGCCUGCUGGACGAGAUUCGCAACCAUGUCCACACUGACAGCUCUGGCACUCGCAGUCUGGAGUCGCUGUGUCUCCAGGUGACAGACCUGUUUCCAGGGUUACGGCGGAUGCAGUCGGUGCUGCCGGAGCACGGCUGCCUGCUCGUCUCUCCUGGUAACUACUGGCAGAACCAACGGGAGUUGUUUGACUCGGACGCUGACCUCCUCAAGACCAUCCAGAAACAUGAGCCGAAGGGCCUGCACACCUCAGCGACACUGCGAGACCUGCUGUUUGGCGUACCUGGGAAGUACACAGGAGUCAGUCACUACAACAGGAAGAGGGUGGUGACGUACACGAUCACUGUAGUGCUGUCCAGCUAUGAUGCAAGGUUCCUGGGCAGCCUACGGGCCCGUCUGAAGCAGCUCCACCCAUCAGUUAACUGUAGCCUGAGGGACGACCACAUGGUUCAUGUCCACUUUAAAGAGGAAAUCGGCAUCGCUGAACUCAUCCCCCUUGUCACCACAUACAUCAUCCUUUUUGCCUACAUCUACUUUUCCACACGUAAGAUUGACAUGGUUAAGUCUAAGUGGGGCCUGGCUCUGGCUGCUGUGGUCACAGUCCUCAGCUCUCUGCUCAUGUCUGUGGGACUGUGUACACUGUUUGGACUGACACCCACACUCAAUGGAGGUGAGAUCUUCCCGUACCUGGUGGUGGUGAUCGGCCUGGAGAACGUCUUGGUCCUCACCAAGUCCGUGGUUUCCACACCUGUUGACCUGGAGGUCAAACUACGUAUUGCUCAGGGCCUCAGUAAUGAGAGCUGGUCUAUCAUGAAGAACAUGGCCACUGAACUUUGCAUCAUCCUCAUUGGAUAUUUCACUCUAGUGCCAGCUAUCCAGGAAUUCUGUCUCUUUGCUGUUGUGGGGCUGGUGUCUGACUUCUUCCUCCAGAUGUUCUUCUUCACCACAGUGCUAUCUAUAGACAUCCGCCGCAUGGAGCUGGCUGACCUGAAUCGUCGCCUGCCGGCUGAAGCGGGUAUGCCUCCUCCCAAGCCGGGCCCCCUUCGUCCUCGCGAGGUUCCCCCUCCACCGCGACCUUCCCCACACACAAUAACCCUGCAGGCCCCGGCCUUCAGAAACUUGAGGCUCCCAAAAAGGCUGCGUGUGGUGUACUUCCUGGCCCGAACACGUCUGGCUCAGCGCAUCAUUAUGGUUGGUACGGUGAUCUGGAUAGGCAUCCUCGUCUAUACUGACCCAGCUGGAAUCCGCACCUAUCUGGCUGCACAGGUGUCCGAGCAAAGCCCUCUAGGAGACUCAGGAGGAGGAGGUCUGCCUCCUCAUCUGGGGGUGGCCCCGGUUUUCCGUGGUGGGGAUCCAACUAGCACCUUGAGCAUCCAUCCUGCUCCAGAUCCAACUCCCUUACCCGAGAACCAGUCACAGGGCCACCAUGGCUCAGCCAGGGCAGGACCCCUACUCCACGCCCCGUCUGCUGUUCCACAGAUCACCUGGGGGGCAGAGGAUGAGGAGGGAUGGAGGAGGUUGUCCUUUAGACACUGGCCAUCACUCUUCAGCUACUACAACAUCACUUUAGCAAAGAGGUACAUUAGCAUCUUACCUGUCAUUCCUGUGACCGUUCACCUGAACCCUCAGGAGGCCAUUGAGACACGUCACCCUCAGGACACGAAACACCCUCCACCAUCCAUUCCUAAGGUUUCUGCAGAUUUACAGACGGAUCUCACCCUCUACAAGGUAGCAGCUCUGGGCCUGGCUGCAGGGGUCCUACUGGUUCUGCUGCUCUUCUGUCUCUACCGGGUUCUGUGCCCACGUAACUACGGUCAGAACGGUGUCGCCCACGGGCGCCGGCGUCGAGGUGACCUGCCUUGUGAUGAUUAUGGUUACUCUCCUCCUGUCAGCGAGAUUUCACCACUGCUUCUAAGAGGCCACAAUAUGGACAUCGAGUGUUUGGCCAGUGAUGGGAUGCUGCUGGCUAGCUGUUGUCUGGCUGGACAGAUCCGGGUUUGGGAUGCACAGACUGGAGACUGUCUGACUGUCAUUCCAAACAACGGGCGGAGGAGAAGCAGCAGCAGUGGCUGCUGGGAGCAGCGUGACGGGUGGGACAGCGGUGCCGCAGACUCAGAGUGUUUAUGCACUGACGGUCGAGACCUCUCCAUCAAUGGUGACGGCCUGUCAGAGGACGAGGGCUACCCAGUGAGACGCCGCGCGGCGCCCACUCGGCCCACAUUAUUCACCGACCAGCCAGAUCUCACCCCGCUCAUUGACACCAACUUCACAUCCAACUUCACCUCCCAGCCUCCGUCACACCUCUCCACUCCACCCAGAACAGGCUUCGACUUUGGAGGUCUGGUGGAGCGCGCCUACAUGGAGCAUGAGCCCCCCUCGCCAUCCACCUACCCCUCAGCUUCUUCCUCGCCACCCUCAGGUGCUCAGCUCCAGAGAAGACUGAGCUUAGGGGAUGUAGCCUCACCCUUAAACCAAGAGAGAGCCUCUGUGGCUGGAAACCAAGCAAUCGACUGGGAAAGCUCUGUCUGGGCAAUGGAGCUGAGAGGAAAUCUGAUAGCUGCUGGUAGGAGCAGCGGGAAACUGGAGCUGUGGGAUGCAGUGGAAGGGUCGCUACGCUGCAGUAAUGAGGAUGGUGUCUCUGGGAUCACAGCUCUGGCCUUCCUCAACAACAGAAUCGUGGCGGCUCGGCUGAACGGUUCCUUAGAUUUCUUCACUGUUGAGAUAAACAAACCUCUGGGUCUGUUGCAAUACAGAGGUGCUCCUGGGCGAGGCAGCAUGCCUCCAUCUCCCUGUUACAGCAGUGAGGACGUUAUCAGCUGCCAGCUCACACGCUCAGUACAGUGUGCUCACCACAAGCCGAUCACAGUGCUGCGAGCAGCCGCCGGCAGGGUCGUCACCGGCAGCCAGGACCACACAGUCCGGGUUUAUCGCCUGGAGGACUCGUGCUGUCUCUUCACCCUGCAGGGUCAUUCUGGGGGGAUUACAGCCAUUUACAUAGACCAGACGAUGGUUCUGGCGAGCGGUGGGCAGGACGGCGCCAUCUGCCUGUGGGACGUCCUGACAGGAAGCCGCGUCAGCCAUGUUUAUGGUCACCGUGGCGACGUCACCUCAUUGGUCUGCACCACCUCUUGUGUCAUCAGCUCAGGACUGGACGACCUCAUCUGUAUCUGGGACCGGAGUACUGGGAUCAAACUCUAUUCAAUUCAGCAGGAGGUGGGUUGUGGGGCCAGUCUGGGAGUGAUCUCAGAGUCUCUGCUGGUGACGGGGGGCCAGGGCUGUGUCUCCUUCUGGGACCUGAACUUUGGAGACCUGCUGCAAACAGUCUACCUGGGCCAGAGUAGUGACGGUCAGGGCGUCCGGCAGUUGCUGGUGCUGGACAACGCGGCCAUCGUCUGCGACUUUGGCAGUGAGCUCAGCCUGGUCUAUGUGCCCUCAGUGCUGGAGAAACUGGACUGAGGAGCGUCGGCUGCAGAUGUCGGUGGGAACACUCAGAACAUUGGGGUUUCUGCUUUGUUGUUUCUGACAUGUGGAUGGGACUUGAGCUGUGUACGAGGUUAUUUUUGUGAGGCAGUGAGACAUUAUUAAUGGCAGUGAGGAAGAAAAGCUGACUGUUGAACCUGCUGCAUUUUAUCAGAGCCGUCAUGUUAAUGAAGGUCAUGGGGUUUGUCAAAGAAAAGCUGGACGCGUCUCACCGUAAGAGAGUUUGCCAGUUCCCAGAUUGUGUGUGCCCACGCUCAUGUGUUUUUAUUUUGUGGAUCUGCCCUCUAUGCUGCUGACACGGGUGGGGCUUCACUCGCCCAGUGAGGAAGAUAAAACAGUCUCUUCUUCGUCAUAUUCCUGCUGUGCCGUUGGUUGGACAGCAAAGUGCAGCCACAGUGAUCUGGACACAUGUGCAGCCUGUUGGGACAAACUGAGCAAUGUGUGUGCGUUUUUGUGUGAGAGAGGCUGAAUGAGAAAUGAAUGGAACCCUUUUUAUGGCAAACACUGGUGAGAACAAAAAACGAUAUACUGAUUGGUCAUGUGUGCAGUAUGUGAGGGAGAACUGAUGAUUACUGUAUAAAGUGAACCUCCAGAGGGGGCUGUUUUUAUAUGUAUAGAUCUAUUAUUUAUUAGCGAUACAUUUUUGGAUAACACUUUGUUUAUGUUUGCUAAUCCUAGCUCUUAAAGGAGAAUAUAAUAAUGCAGAAAUAAAUGUAAGAAGGUGUUUGUUUGGCAGUGGUGGGUUGGGCUUGGUUAUAAAGUGAUUAUUUGUAAUAUUGAGCUGGAAGCAUUUGUUGUGAUGGAGUUGGGGGGCGGGGGGUGGGGCUUCGGCCCCUGAUUCUGGGGUUACUGAUGCUGUACUUGGGGGUCGCUCUGCCCCCUGUGUGUUACACCUUCAUCAGACUACCUCCAUUUUCCUAAUCACAUGAGUUUUGGACGACUGAUGUGGCUCUGCACGGGCCGUGAUUGGCUGGCGUCAUGUUUACAGUACAUUGGUAUUGUUUUCUUUUUUUUUAUAUAAAUUGUGCCCUUUACAGAUUUUUAUCACUGUGUACUGGCUCAACUUAAACUGUUUUUAAUCCAGGAUUUAAAUUUUUACCACAAAGGUUCUGGAAAUGGGACCGAAGUAGAUUUUCAGUUAUUGAUGCAAACUUAAGCAGAGUCCAUCUUAAAAAGUGUCCUCUUCCCGUAAACGGUCAGUAAAAACUUGAAGAAAGGCAAAUAAGUAGUCAAUAUAUAUUAAACUGAACUGAACUUUAAAGACAUUGCUUGGUUAAAUGUCCCCAUAAACUGGUUAUAGAUGACAUAUAUACUGUUUGUGUGUAUGUCAUACAUAUGAUUGUGUUAAAACUGAAAGUCUGGAUCAUGACUGCUAAUUUCAAUAAUCAAUGCAUGUGAACCCAGCUUUACUUGAAUUAGAUUUUCAUUUUAUUAAGUGUAAAAAGGUGUCUAAAAAAACUCUUUAGUGGACCAAAAAGCAAAUUUAAAAGAAACAUUAGUAUUCAUUGUCUCUUUCCUCCCACAGUCAUUUGUAGAGCAGCUCUUCAUCAAGUGUAAAAUAUUGAUAUAGGACGCCCGGUCUUAAAGGUCACUGGCUGGAACUGGAGGCUGAGGAAUCCAGACACAGGAGAUGACUGGAAAGCAAAGCAAGGCAGGUCCCUCGUUUCUCGUGAUGAGGAUUUGAGGAUUCGAAAAGUAACUGCAGCCGUGGGAGCAAGAAACUACUGAUGUUUCAAGACAGACAUAUACGCUCACUUGCCAGUGCAUUAGGUACACUAGUGAAAAGGAGGGAAUUCUAGUGGAACAGUCUGGGACUAAAUCUGAGCUUCAGGAACAUAUUCAGCAUUUGUUUAAAAUAACUUUAAACUGUUUUCAUUGUGGAGGACACUUAUAAUUCAAUCCAGUUUAACAGCACCAAAAACCUCAUCCUCCAAAGUGAGUGAUUACCCACUUUCCUGUCACUGGUUCAGCAGUUUUCACUAGUAACUGGUAAGUGAGUAUAAACUCAAUAAACACUUUCAUGUUUGUUUUCUCCAAAAAAGUCCCUUAUUCACGCUUAUGCUCGGAUUCAGCAGCUAUAAAAAUGGGAUCCUUGUCUCUGAGCACUGAGGGAUAACAGUCCACUCACUAGAUUUGACUCCCAGUGUCCAGCUCCUGGUUUAAGUACCUAUACAAUGAAAAUCUAUUCCUCUUGAAAGAGUUGAUAUCUUAUACUUAACAACCUAGUUUAUGCCAUUAGUUUACACCCAGUAGUAGUCAGUCAGGGUACAUUCAUUCAGUGCCUUCAUGUAUGAACUGAUAAGUGAUCACUUACAGAAACCUGGAUUUCUGUUGGAUUUCUAGAUGCUGCUCUGCUUUCAGACAUGAAGUGGAAGUAAUAUCCCUUAACUGAUAAUCUAUCAUCAUGAAUGAAAGUACAAGUACAUGAGUGAAAGUACAAGCUCAAUCCCCAGACAAAAAAAAAGAUAUAAUUUAUAAAGUGAUCAUAAGUUUUGAGACAUUUAACCCCUCCUUUUCUAAUCAGUGCCUCUUUCAGCUCUGGAUAACUGGCUAUGUUUACAUGGAUAAUAUUUCUUCUGUCCUACUGGGUGUUUACAUGCCACAAAAAACUUUGUUGCCAGGCUCAAAGUGGCUCUGCCUGCUGUGGAAAUGUAACAGAAAAUGUUUGACGACAGCAUAUUCAUUAAACAGAAGAAGAUGACCCACGCUGAUGAGCAGAAAGAAUCGGUUUAUUAUAACCACAGAGAAACAUACAGAUCAAUCACAUGACUGUGAUGAUGUGUAGUGUUCGUGGAAACGUAGGCCCUGGUGAAAGAAUGAAAUCUUUCAAGUUUUAAUACUUCUCCCGAGCUUUCACUAACAACAUCCAGAAUGUAUACCAUCAUCCUCCAUCUUUGUUGAAAGUUUAAGAAAUGUCCAGCCAGGUCCUCUGUCGUAAACACUAAUUCAAUGCACUACUAACCCUCUCCGAUGCACAUGCUCACACAGGCACUUUUACAAACAUCAGCUUCCAGGAGAGGUGAAUGAAACUAGCUUUCACACCUGCAGCAGACAGUCACAUGUCAAGGCCUGCGGUGUUGGUUUGACUGGGACAUCAGAGGUGCACAGUUUCCAUGCAGGGACCAGGCAGCGCCUUCAUCCCACUGAAACCAGGAAAGCAGCCUCCUGUGCACUGUAGGCUGUGUUCAUUUAUUUACUUCUGUGUUGUCUAUUGUGUAGUCUAGAAUGCUUUUGAAAUGGGAAAUGCAUAGUUUUUAGAUUUCUUUUAAAACUUUUUUUUUUUAGCAAUGUGAACUGGAGUUAAAGUUUGACAUUUUGGGAAUUACACUUUUCUGUGGCAUUCAAAUGAGGACCAGCGGUUACACUGGGUUAGCUUUAGCACCAAGACAGGAGGGAAAAGUGGGCUUCUCAAAAUGUAGCAGCGCCUCUGAGGCUCACCAGUUAUAAUGUGUGGAAAUGACCAUUUUACAUGGCGAGAGCCACUAAAACAAGGACAACUGGACUUAUUGAGUCUUCUCAGACAUUUCACGACUUCAUCCAAGUGCUUUCUUCUUUUCUAAAUUUAUGGGUGCUUUUCUCCAUACUCUAAGAACCGCUCAUCAUGAACACCAAGGAUACAGGUUCAGGUUAAUCACUUUGAACUGAAGAUGCUACUUGGAUGAAAGACUAAAUCUAUUUAAAAAAAAAAAAACUCAUAUGAAUGACAGAUAACUGUCACAGAUAUAAAGAAAUGGUUGCAAUGAGAUGACAAGUAAAGCUGUAAAUGUUCCAGACCUAACCGAUUUAUUCUGUGACCACUGGAGCUUCUGUUGCGUGGUUAUUCACUUGUGUAGUGAUUGUUGGAGUCUGUUUAAUUUCCAGUAAAAUCCCUCACAUGAGGAUUAUAAGUUCUACUUAUCUGUGGAUGAUUUGCACUUAGGUCAGAGAUCAUCAGAAAUCUUGAUGAGAUUACUGAAAAUUCAACCAAAAUACACAGCAUUUAAAUAUUGUCGGCCAAAUUCACAGAAUAUUUAAGUGUGACUGAAGUGACAAAGUAUUUUCCAAAAUGUCAAACUAUUACUGUAAAGGAAGGAGGAAAGGGAGGGUGGUGUGGCUAUUUAAGUCUUUGCUUCUUCAUCUUGAAUGUUACUGGUUCGUACUGAUGGACUUGGCCUUCUUAAAGGAGCAUAGCCAGCAGGUUGCUUUCAGGUAAUGAGCCCAGUUUAUUAAAGGAAACCUUUUUUUUGCCGUUCUAAGUUUCCAACAAACCUUUCUACCCCGUGCCUUUCAUUCAUAUUGGGAGUGUGCGGGGGCAGCCUUCACAUAGUAUCUUCGCAAUAAAUGUCAGAAGCCCGAAAUCCUCCUCCAGCUGUGAGUAGAAAUUAUACUCUGUAACUUUUCACAUCUGUCAAGAGAAUUGGGAUCAGAGAAAGGGAGAGGAACACGAACAUAGUCUGUAAAACCCCACGUCUGCUCCAUUCCUCGGCUGGCUACAAUCUACGCAGGCUGGAGUAUCAGAGGUAACUUAUUUACUGUUUUGUAACACAAGGAAAAAAAAGAACAAGACUUUGUACUAAUUUUCAAAUAAAGACGCUUUGAUACAACAA